CAUUAGUAAGGAAACUGCCGACAUUAACUUUCAGUUGAGUGAACACUGUUUAAAGAGAACAACCAUGUCAAGUGAAACUUCCCAACAUCAAAAUCAACAGCACCCGCCAUGUAGAACAGAUGGGUGUGCCAGGAAUUUUGGUGAUCAGAAAAUUGCAAACAUUAUAAUGGAAUGCAAAAAAGAGAGUUUCUGGUUCAGAGCUCUGCCACUAUCUCUUGGAAGUAUGCUUGUUACCCAAAGUUUGGUGUACAAAGGAAUUCUUUCUCCUUCAAAACGGUUUGGGUCGAUUCCGAAAGUUGCCUUGGCUGGAGUGCUUGGAUUUGUGAUUGGAAAAAUUUCUUAUAUUGGAGCUUGUCGUAAGAAGUUUGAAAAUGUAGAUUUUCAGCAUUUUGGAAAUAAAGUGCCUCGAGGAUACAUGGGCUUCUUGUUUCGUCAGCCAUAUUAUGAGAGAGACUCUAUUCAUGGACCUGGCCAACAUACAGAUGUUACCAAUAAAAAUGACCAGCCAACUACCGAAAGUGGCGACCCCAGUUCAAAGCAUGCCUGAAAACCACACAACGUGAUUUUGCGUCGUAAACCUACAGAUGAUGUUCUACAAGUUCAUUGCUCUACCAUAUAUUUCUUAAUAUUCAAACUGUCUAUCAAUGUUCUCAAUCAUAAUAGAAAAGGGUAAUAUGAUAUAGCGGUGAUUAUAAGUAAGUCUGAUGGUGCUGCAAGAGCAGCGUGAUGGCAUUUGUUAUCCUGUGUUUGCAAUAAAACAUAAA